UUUGGUUUGGUAGUAAAACUACAAUACCUUUCAAUUCCUGUAAAAGACUUGUUUUGAAAAGUUUUUUCAAUAUUUUAUUUGAGUUUAGGGUUUAAUAUUAAGCCUUAUAUUUCAAGUAUUAUUAGUAUUAUAUGUAUUACUAACAGGUAUUGAACACUGGGUUGGAGUUUAUGAGGGACUGGUGGCUGAGGCACAGGUAGGACUGGCUCUCAUUAACUGUAAAUAAAUGGCUGCGAGCUAUGAGUUGUUGUAUCAAAAGAACAGUCCGAACAACGAUGUCUUUUAGAUCCAUGAGCUGAACAAUGUUAUGAGGGAUCAGUCAUAUGAUUACACAUUUUAACCACUGUUUCCUAAUACUCCCGAAGCCAUCAAUUAGAUGCCAAACAUCGACACGAUAUGUGGCGAAUCAAUUCAGUCGAAGAAAUCACUACCACAACCACUGAGUCCUAUUCCGAUGAAGACGAUGACGACCAACACUAUCAUCCUUAUCGGUCACUCAACUUCAAUGAUAAACCUAUUAAAGUGCCAUUUCCUGAGGCCGGUGUCGAUAUCAUUGAUAUCAACUAUGAAGACCUUUUGCUCAAUAAUGAUAGCGAUCUGACACAUGAAAGUGGUAUCAAAUGUAUUGAAUGCCAGAACUGGGAGGAGAACUGGCUUUUCAAGAAAGGCAAACGAUAUGAUAAUAAGUCAAAUAUAAUGUAUGGAUAUAUGGCUAUGAUUUUAGCCGAACUACCCGUUUGUAUGUUAGUCCCGAAUCCAAUCGAUAAGUUGCGAACAUUGGUUGGCAAUAAAGAUAUCGACGAAUUGUCGGAUCUGUCGGAACACAAUUCUGUCGGAUCUCUUGAGUUUUCUGACGACGAAAGUGAUACUGAAGACGAUGUGAUUAAUGAAAGUAAUGUUAACAACGACGUGACAACCAUUGACACCAAUGAUACCAACAAAAGUGAAUCGCAAACCAAAUCAUUUGAUAAUGAAUGUAAUGAAAGAAAAAUAGUUGUCAUUUGCAAAGUAGUCAACACUACUACUAAAGAGUAUAAUAAUAACACAAAACCCACCGAAACAACAGUCAAUAAGGAGGAGAAGCCAAUCGUGAAAACGGUUACAAAAGUGCCUAAUUAUCUGCCAAAAGAGUUAAGAAAUACUUCAAGCGAUGAUAAGAGUGACCCAUAUCUGGUGCUAAGACCCGGUGACGCCAGUGUUCACUCGGGAAUAACUGUGCAAUUCUGCUGUCGCGCCAAAGGGUCCAAACCUCUGCUUUAUUCGUGGUUUAAAAACGACGUUAUUCUAAAUUCAGACAAAGAUUUUCAUAUUUUUCAGAGCGGAGAGGAGUCUAUCCUCGAAAUUAUGAAUACCAGUCCCAACUUCAGUGAUCAGUAUUCAUGUGUUGCAUACAACAGCUUUGGCUAUCAAUGGUGUGACUUUGUUCUUGAAGUCAAAAAUAUUAAUUUUUUAACUAAUAAAAUGCCGAUUAAAUUGAAAAAUAUUAGACAACAAAAUAUUGUUAAUUGUGAGGCUGUUAUUAAAUCAGACGCCAAUAAAAUAACUACUAAUCCAAAGCAUGACAAACAAAAAUCGCGUCCAAAAGUUAUUCAGCGAACUUGGAGUGAAAGAGUCGCUGAAUUGCAAAAUAUUAGACAUUACUUCUCAAGAGCUCAGGAUAAUCACGAUAAUCAACCCAAUAAUGAUGAGACCGGUGACAUACCUGAGCCAUUGGCACCACAAAUGUCUUGUGCUAUUGCUGAGAGGGAACAUAAAAAAUGGGAAAAUCCAGACAUCGAUUGGAAGGACAAUCCGUAUUCAAUUGAAAAUCUUAAUUCUCGAAUUCAACAAAGAAGUAUAUCAUUAAGUUUAGCAAACGAGUCAUCCAUUGAAAAAUCAGAUGAUAAUAAUGAAGAUAAUAAUAAUAAUGAUAACUUAGAUGAAAAUGAAGACAACAUUUCUUUUUUGUCUUCUACUUCUAAGGAUGUAAAUCGAUAUAAGAAAGACUAUUAUGUGAAACAAUUAAAUAAUAAUAAUAAUAAAGAAGAAACUUUGAGAUCAUUUGAUGAAAAUGAAUAUUCAAAUUCAAAAUAUUUUGAAUUACCUGCAAAACAACAAACUAGAAAAUCAUCUGAAGAUAUGUCAUCACAGAUGUCUUCAAUCACAUCAAAUGGCAAGACAUCGGCAGAAACGGAGAGUGAACUCAUUUAUUCAGAUUGUGAUCAAAAAAACAUACCGUCGGUUAAAGAUUUGGUCAACAAGUUCUCGUUUAGUGACCAACGAAAUCAUAGGACACCAAAACUGUUUGAUAUUAAAAGAAAAAACAGUUUCACAGAUAUUAAACUCAACCACAUCUCUAAAAAUACUUCACAAUCUAAUAAUUUCACGGUACACAGUCUUACCGCAAGAAGUAUGACCAGAGAGUUCCGUCAGCGGUCACAGUUGAAUGUCCCGCGAAGUCAACUCAACAGAAUGGAUAUCAAUAGCCAUAAUAACAGAAAUGUUAAUUUCGUUGAAAGCGAAUCCAGUAGUCCUUCAACUCCUUGCAGUCCUACUAAUGAUGGAUAUACUUCAGAUGACAGUAGUAUUAUAUCGAGUAAUGGAAAUUUGUCUUCAAAUGUGGUCAACGAUACCACUGGUAAUGGUAUCGCAUGUCAUAAGAAUAAUCUCAUUCAUGCAAAUAAUGAUCGAAAAUAUAGUCCAUCGAUACUAAAGAGAGCCACUUAUUGGCAAAAGAGAUGUGAAAAUGGAUUGCUUUCCGAUUAUUCAGUCGCUGAAGAGUUUCCUCCAAUGGAGUCAUUUGUCGAUUAAACUGUUAAAUGUUUUUAAUAUAUAAACGCCUUAUUUAUUAAAUUUAUUCAAGAGAUAUCAUUAUAUAGUUGUUAACUUAAUUACAGUAUUAAAUUGUAUUAAGGCUUCAUUUUUGCCAUAAUAUCCAUUAAUGCAUAAUAAUUGCCAUCA